UCGUUGCAGCCCAGGCCCAUCACUGCUCACCAUCGUUAUUUGAAAAAAAACAAAAAAUAGCAGCACACACGCAGCCGCAGGUCGCAGACCAAAAAAGAAAGAAAGAAAGAAAAAAAAAGAAGGAACACAGGAAGGAUGUCAUGCCUCAUGCCGUGCCGCGCGGUGCGAGUGCGAUGCUAACACUAACCAGCUCGCCUUUGCCACACCACCUUUGUAUGGCCGAGGCCGAGGAAACCAAGCCAAGCCGCCGCCGCCGCCGCUUAUCUACUCGACUCCUUUCGCCAUCAAGCACGGGACACACAUGCCGCACACGAGCACCAGCCUCCGCGAUCACGCGCGCGCAGCGUAGCCUCGCCCUCGCCCGCCAUGGACAUGGAGCUGCUGCUGGUGCUCCUGCUCUUCCUCGCCAUCCCGGUGGUGCUCCCGGCGCCGGUCCGCCUCGAGCUGGCCCGCGUGGACGCCAACCUCACGGGCCACGACCUCAUCCGCCGCGCCGUGCAGCGCAGCCUCGACCGCCCGGGAGUCGCCGUGCCGCGCCCCGGCGGCGGCGCCGGCGCGGCGACCGCCGCGGACGGGGGGCGCAGGUCCUCCGCCGCCGCCCCGGUGGUGGCCGGAGGCGGGGAGUACCUGGUCAAGCUCGGCAUCGGCACGCCGCAGCACUUCUUCUCGGCGGCCAUCGACACGGCCACCGACCUCGUCUGGAUGCAGUGCCAGCCCUGCGUCAGCUGCUACCGCCAGCUUGACCCCGUCUUCAACCCCAGGCUCUCCUCCUCCUACGCCGUCGUCCCCUGCAGCAGCGACACCUGCGUCCAGUUCGAUGAGCACAGGUGCCGCUCCGAGGACGACGACGCGUGCCAGUACACGUACAGGUACAGCGGGAACGGCGUGACCAGGGGCACCCUGGCCGUCGACAAGCUGGCCGUCGGCAGCGACGUGUUCCACGGCGUGGUCUUCGGCUGCAGUGACUCCAGCGCCGGGGGGCCCCCGGCGCAGGCGUCCGGGCUCGUCGGCCUCGGCCGCGGGCCGCUCUCGCUCGUGUCCCAGCUCUCCGUGCGACGGUUCAUGUACUGCCUGCCGCCGCCCGUGUCCCGGACGCCCGGGAAGCUCGUGCUCGGCGCGGCCGCGGACGCCGUCCGGAACGUGUCGGACCGGGUCACCAUCACCAUGUCGUCCAGCACGCGCUACCCGUCCUACUACUACCUCAACCUCGACGGCCUCGCCGUGGGCGACCAGACUCCGCGCAUGGUCAAAACCACGGCGCCGCCGCCCACGGCUCGAAGAGGAGGAGCCGCCGCCGGCGGCGGCGGCAGCGCGAACGCUUACGGGAUGAUCGUGGACAUCGCGUCGACGAUCUCGUUCCUGGAGACGUCGCUGUACGACGAGCUGGCGGACGACCUGGAGGAGGAGCUCCGGCUGCCCCGCGCCACGCCGUCGCGCCGCCUGGGGCUGGACCUCUGCUUCAUCCUGCCGGAGGGGGUGGGGAUGGACCGGGUGUACGUGCCGACGGUGUCGCUGUCCUUCGACGGGCGGUGGCUGGAGCUGGAGAGGGACCGCCUGUUCGUGGAGGACGGCCGGACGAUGUGCCUGAUGGUUGGCAAGACCAGCGGGGUGUCCAUCCUGGGCAACUUCCAGCAGCAGAACAUGCAGGUCCUCUACAACCUGCGCCGGGGAAAGAUCACCUUCGCCAAGGCCAGCUGCGAAUCCAUGCCGUAGAUAGGUUCCACAUGGACUGGCAUAUUUGAUCUUGUACUCCGUGCCGAGAAUUUUAGCCAAAUUGCACACUGGGAGAUUACAUUCUGAUGAUGCCACUUGCCGCUACUGGAGUGGCGAGCUUGGUUAGUAGUACACCGCAACAACCCCCUUCCUUUCAUCUGAAAACGUUUUCAUAUAAUUAUUUCACCCUGGAUGCCGGGGGAUCUAACUCCUUUUUCGAUCUAAAAUUUGGCUAAAACUAGGGAGGAAAACCUUCGUGGACUAAAUA